AUUGCGGAAAUAGCCAGGCAGGCAGCAGAUCUCGGAUCCGAAUACGCGUAUGCGCUUCCUCAGAUCCACUGUGAAACGACUCAUAAGCGCUGUGAUAAUGUCCAUAAAGUAUGCGAGGUGUAUGUAUCUCAUCAUAGCACUGUUCCACAUCCUUCACGAUCGAACUGAUAGAUCCCCAUGACGCCGAGAAACCCAUUCCGAUCCAGUCGACUCGUCUUUCGCGCCAUUGAGCCAGAUUCCGACGAAGACAAGAAACUAUAUCUUGCCUUCCAUCAUGAUGUCGAAGGGUAUAUCAACUCGAUGCUUGGUCCUGCAGUCCCUCAAGGUAAGAGACACGCGGAAAAGAUGAUGGGGCAUAUGACGAAAUCUAUGCUCGGUGUGGUCAUUUGCUUGAAUGAGGAAGGUAGUGAGGCGUACCGAACUGAGCAGAGGAUGAAGAAGAAUAGUACGGCCGCUAGUUCCAGCAAAGACGACGACUCUAAGGGCUCAGACGGGGACUUCAACUCCAAGAAAGAGGAGACAUUCGACUUUGGCGACGUGACCCAACUCGUCUCCAUUGGUCAGAUCCAUCUCGGUUCACAAUUCAACGCCACGCAUCGGCAAGCCACGAUAGGAGUCGAUAUCUUGCCUGAAUUUCAGCGCAAGGGCUAUGGUGGAGAAGCCAUACGGUGGACACUUCAUUGGGCUUUCGAAACGGGUGGUCUGAAUCGGGUCGGUAUAGAGGCAUUCGAAUGGAACACAGGUGCCAGGAAGUUAUACGAGAACCUCGGUUUCAAACUCGAAGGAAUUGGUCGGCAAAUGUUCUUCUCUCAUGGACGGUUUCAAGAUGACUAUCAAUUUGGGAUGCUGGCGGAAGAAUGGCGUCAAUUGAAGGAGCAAGGGAAGAUGGAUUUCUGAACGAGUCAUAGGGGGAUUCAUGCAUGGUCCAAUUUGCAG